AGAAUACCUUAGUAACUUGCGAUUCGCUGAUGAUAUUGCCUUGCUUAGUAACUCAGGGGACCAACUGCAAUACAUGCUCACUGACCUGGAGAGGCAAAGCCGAAGGGUGGGUCUAAAAAUUAAUCUGCAGAAAACUAAAGUAAUGUUUAACAGUUUCGGAAGGGAACAGCAGUUUACAAUAGGUAGUGAGGCACUGGAAGUGGUAAGGGAAUACAUCUACUUAGGGCAGGUAGUGACUGCGGAUCCGGAUCAUGAGACUGAAAUAAUCAGAAGAAUAAGAAUGGCCUGGGGUGCGUUUGGCAGGCAUUUUCAGAUCAUGAACAGCAGGUUGCCAUUAUCACUCAAGAGAAAAGUGUAUAACAGCUGUGUCUUACCAGUACUCACGUACGGGGCAGAAACCUGGAGGCUUACUAAGAGGGUUCUACAUAAAUUGAGGACGACGCAACGGGCUAUGGAAAGAAGAAAGAAGUGGGCCCGGCUGCUGUGCUUCAACACAGCACGUUAAUCCGCUGAUGUUCUACAUGCAGGUGUCACUUCCCACGAUGAUCCACGUUCUGUUCCCUGCCCUGGCUAUGGUUUUUCUAGACGUACCCCAACCGCAUCCUGCCUGGCAUGUCGACUACGACACAACUGUUUUCUACCACCCAAUGAAUGCCAGCAUCACUCCCACACCGUUGACACCGUUCUUGUGUCCGGCAGCGCCACUGUUCCCGGCAGCGUCAAUCGACUUGCGGCCGGAAUACCUAUCGCCACCAACAUCAAUUCGCCCAUCAGUUAUAAAAGAGCAGGCGCGCACGGAGGCGUUUUGUGGGCCCGGCUGCUGUGCUUCAACACAGCACGUUAAUCCGCUGAUGUUCUACAUGCAGGUUAGUAAAUCAUACAGUCUUUUCACGAAGCGUUCAAGUAAUUACUUUCUACUGCAGCUGCCGGGCCCACAUUGCUGCCUUUCCAUUGUUGUUCAGUGUUGUGAUGUUAUUCGCUCUUUAUUGUUGCUGGCGGGUGGCAUCGAAACUAACCCUGGACCCGAUAGUCAAGCCGUACUAAAAGAACUUAAGAGCCUAUCCGCAGGUCAAUCGCAACUGAUCACCGAGAUUCAAGGCCUCAAGUCUCAGUUACUAACAACUGACAAAGCAAUAUCUGAUCUGAGUGUGCGCAUGACGAACCUGGAGACCCACUACCAAAACCUAAUCCCCUUGCGUUCUGAUAUAGAAAGCGUGAAGAAUGAUGCUGCCCGUGCAGCACACACAAUGCACAGGCUGGAAGCGCGUCUUGAUGAUGCCGAGAAUCAUUCUCAGCGCAACAAUCUAAUUUUUUAUGGUAUUGAUGAAUCUUCAGGGUCAGAGUCGUUCGCACAAUCGGAGCAUAUAAUCAUUGACCACUGUCGCAAACAUAUGAGCAUCACGCUUGACCCAAAAGAAAUCGAGCGCGUGCACCGCUUGGGCAAUCGUGCAGCUAAUCGUAACCGCCCCAUAAUAGUGAAGUUCACCUUUCAUAAAACAAAAAAUCUUGUUCUUUCUAACGGCCGUAAAUUUAAGGGAACCAGCUUCAGCGUUGGCGAGGAUUUUACGCGUCCUGUUCAAUUGGCCCGCAGACACCUUCUUUCAUACGCAAAAAGCAAAUCGGCAUCUUACUCCCUGCGCUUUAAAACUCUGUUUAUGGGUAAUAAGCGCUAUGUUUUCGACGACCGCACACAGAGUGUGAAAGAAUUGCAAUAGCAGCCAACUCGACGCGGGAAACGCCCUACGGUAUCGACACGAGCUAACCUCUACUUUUCCGUAAUCUUUGCCAACGCACGCAGCUUCCUCCCUAAACGCGAUAUUCUGUCUGACCUCGUGUUGUCGUCUAACAGUAAUUUGCUGAUAAUAACUGAAACCUGGCUGACUGACGAUAUUACCGAUACUGAGGUUCUUGCUGACUUGCCGAAUUUCUGCCUUUUCCGGAAAGACCGCGAAAUCUCACGAGGUGGUGGUGUGCUAAUCGCCGCGCAUCACCAUCUAUCGUGCACGCUUGCAACCAUUGAGACUGACUUGGAAAUAAUAUGGCUAAUCUGCCGCGCUUCACCACAGACUGUUCUCUUGGGCGUUUGUUACAGACCACCACAUAACACUCCUGAUUUUUUGCAUAAGCUUAAUAACAGCUUGAGCAAACUUAGUGAAAAACACCCUAACGCAGAAAUCCUGCUUUUCGGCGACUUUAAU